AUGGACUGUGAUAUAGCCUCCUACCAUUCAUCAAAAUAUGCCGCUAUUGAUCAACUUCGGAUACUUCCUUCGGAAUGCCGACAGAGAGGAUUGACGUAUGCUGGAAACUUACGAGUAGGAUUAGAAAUCAAAGUCAACGGUCAGAGAAUUGACGUAUUAGAAACUGUGAUUGGGCGAGUUCCAGUCAUGCUUAGAUCUACAGCGUGCCAUCUGAGCAAGAUGAAUAGAAAGGAGCUCCUGAAAGCCGGCGAGGAAGGCACGGAAAAAGGCGGAUAUUUUAUUUGCAAAGGAAGCGAAAAGGGGCUGCUGUUUACUGAGUACGGAGUGAUGAUGCGCUGCGUCAAGGACAAUCACACUGCAGUGAUGAUGACGAUCCACUAUCUUGAAUCAGGAACAGUACAAGUCGCUUUGCAAGGAGAGUGUGCUCCAGAAACGCCGGACAAUCCUCAAUUCCAGGAAGCCGCCGUUUCUGGUCACAUCAUUCUGUUGAUUAUUCGAGAGCGAAUGGAAAAUAUCCUUGGAAUAGUUCGCCGCAAGCUUGAAUAUAAUGCUAAGCGUAAGAAAGACAGUUUUGUUCUAACUUCAGGAGCAUUUUUUACUGAGAUGCGAACAACGGACGUACGUAAACUACGCCCGGAAGCAUGGGGCUUCAUUUGCCCAGUCCACACACCUGACGGUUCUCCCUGUGGUCUUUUGAACCAUUUGACUGCUUCAUGCCGAAUUGUUACUCACUAUUCUGACACUAGAGACUUACCUGCAUUUUUGACAGAUCUAGGAAUGAUUUCGUUCAAAUCGAUCGCAUUUGCUCCCGUCAAUGAAAAGCGUUAUCCUGUUUUCCUUGAUGGUCGCUUCCUUGGUUAUAUUCCUGUGAAAAAAGCUGCUGCCAUAGAACGACAACUGCGCUGCAUCAAGACGAAUCUCAACGACUCGAGAGUACCUUGUGUAGCUGAG